AUGAAUAUGAAAAUUUAUCUUCAAUGGCUCUACAAGAAGAUAUCCAAUUAUAAUCUUUUCAUAUUAGAAGAAAAUGAUUAUGACGAUGACAACACCAAAGAUCCGACUGUACUUCUUAAACAUCAAAAGUACAAAACUCGUUUGUAUGUUGUACUUCUUAUGGUUUGUCUCUACCUACUGUUCUAUGUUACUCUUCUCAAUGUGGAAUCUAAAACGAUUCUUAUUUCUGGAGUGACACUGGAGACAUUCAAUGAAUUAUAUUCUGAAUAUAACCAAACACUUUCAUGUCCGUGUAGAACAAGUACAAUACCAUACAAAAGUUUUGUCUUCAUUAAUGUUACAAUACAUCCGGUCUGUUCGAGUAUUUUUAUCGAUAGUCAAUGGGUGGAUCGAUUAUAUCUGGAAAAUGCAAGUCUUUAUGGUGUGUGGGAUUUUCGAACAACAGCCUAUUAUCAGUUUCAACUUCUGUCAACAUUGUGCUCUUUUGCGAAGGACAAUAUUGAUCAAAUUCAAAAUGAUAUUAACAAUACCGAUUUUGUAAGCAUUGAACUCAUUUGUGAAGCGGAAGUUCAUCGACAAGUUAAUGAUCUGGUUGACUUUCGUAAAAGCCAUUUCUCUCGUCUGGCAAUGUCGUUUUUGAAUUACUGGAAUACAAUAAGUCAAGAACACUACUUGGUUUCAGCACUCGGCACCAACUGGAUAACUGAAAUCGUAGACAACUUUGCUCCUAAGUUAGUGAUCAGAGGAAUGUAUGUAGGAAUUUCUAUCGAAAAGGGCAUUUCUCGACCAUGCAGCAAAGCCAAUUCAGUCAUUCCAGCUACUUUUGCUCCACCAUCAAAAGUGCGCUUUCCAUUCGAGCGUAGAUCUGUAAUGGAGCCGAUGCCUAAUUCUAAACUUAUCAAAGGGUUCUUCGCGGGAUGUACUCCUCUCGAAGCACUUCUUGAAAGCACAUUGGACUGUUUAUACGAUCAUAAAUGUAUUCAGUUAUUGUUGCAUGCCUUCCCAAAACUAAAUCAACUAAAUAUUUCUUGGUCCGAUUCGAUUUUAUCAACAAAGAAUGAAAAUAUUUCGAUCAAUAAUUAUUUCAAAGCUCUUUUCGUUACAAAUUGGUCAUUAAACGUGGAUCACCCAACGUAUUUCCAUCAGUGUUCACCAUCUACGUGCACAUACACAGUGAAAGAUCAAAUGAAUUUAUCGUAUACGAUCACCCUUCUUAUUAGUCUUUAUGGUGGUGUUAUUAUCAUUCUCCGUUUCGUUGCAUCAUGUUCGAUAUGUGCUCUCUGCCUAUUCGCAUCGCUAAGCAGUACAACAACGACAGUAAUUGAACUAAAUCCUUCAUUAUCAACUUUUCAAUCAUUAGAUGUCAAAUAUUCCACAGAACUUCAAUGUCCGUGUUCUAAUCAAGCGAUACCUCAUCAAUCAUUCAUUUCCUUCUCUCCCAUUCUUCAUCAAAUCUGCCGUAGUAGUUUCGUUCUUGACGAUUGGAUUACAAUAUUAAAAGCUCUUCUACACAGGGUAGCCAAUACCAGUUGGAGCACUUUAGCAUACAUGCAGUUCGCAAUCUUGUCUCAUCUUUGUCAACUGGCUAAUGAAACAAUAAACGAUGCGAUUGAUCAAUAUCUUUUACAAUUUUUUAUCGCUUCUUCUGCCUUGAACGAGGCUAACUUUUAUCUACAAUUAAAUACGAGUCUUACUCAGUUAUAUCAAUCAACGUUUUACAACUUUGAUUUGCUGAAAGAUGUUGUACAUCUUAUUAUGCAAAUUGAUCAGCCGUGUAUGGGUGAUAUCAUAUGGUCACAAAACGAAGUACAUUCUGAUUUCAUGAUGCAUACAUUAAUUAACGAAACAAACGGUCACACACUUCAAGUGCAAUUUAUUUUGAAUGGAAUCAAAGAAAUGAGUUCAAGGCGGUUUAUCUGUAUUUGUGCUAUCAAUCCAAACUGUGGAGAUACAGCUCAUAUAUACAAUUCUGCGUGGACAAAUUACGGCAAGGAUGAUAUUUACAAUAUACCUGGCUGGAUGCAAGGAUGCUUCACUCUUGAUUCUCUCCUACUUUCGACUUUUCAACUUGUGUAUAUGAAUUCGGACGACUUUCUGAAUUUCAUGAACCAUAUACAACUAGGAGAAACUGGGCUCGGCAAGAUAUCUUCACCAUUUCGUCUACAACCUCUCUUCUAUGAUCCAAAAACGAGUCAUUAUCCUCCGAACACAUCCAUUUCAACAAUCAUUAAGGAACUAAUGAUCGAACAAUGGAAUCCUUCUCUGACAUACGAACAGUUCUAUAAAUCGUGUGCACCCAAUUAUUGUUCUUAUCCCGAAAAAAUUCGUAAUAAUAAUUUCAUUGGUGUAAUUAUAAUACUGAUAUCCAUGAUAAGUAGUAUUGUCAUUGUAUUGAAACUUUUAACACCGCGUCUUGUUCAAGCCAUUUUCAAAAUACUCGCUAGAUUCAAUAAAACGACAAGACAAACACAACCAGUUCUAGCACCUCGUCGCAGCCUCGAUCAAUUGAAGACGUGGAUACGCCAUUUAAUUAAACUUCUACGAUCUACGUUAGUUACAUUAAAUAUCUUUCCUUUACGCGAUCUUGGAAGUCAUAGAGAUCGGGAAACGGCAAAGCGUUACGGACAAUGGGCAACUCGUCUCUAUAUACUUUUACUCAUUGCUAGCCACACUAUUCUGAUAUUUUACACAAUAGUCCAACAACGAACAUCAAGAACAACUUAUCUCAAACCAGAUUUGUUUUACUAUAAUCAUUUGAGGGAGAUCUAUGGCGAUCAAUUGAAAUGUUCCUGUUCACAAAUAGCAUCGACAUACGAUCGAUUCGUCAAAAUCGAACCGAUAUUCCAUUCGGUUUGUAGAAGUAAUUUCGUCUCUGAAGAAUGGCGCCUGGGUUUAGUGAAUGGACUUGUUCCUAAUUUUACCGUAUUUAAUCGAAGAGAUUAUCGUCGGUUUCUUCCGGCGCAUUUAUACUAUCUUCAAAAAUUAUGUAAUAUAUCUGAACAAUCGGUGCAGCAUUCGAUCAAUGAAUUUCUAACCUCAUUAUUGGUCACUGUGGAACUUCUCCCCAAAAACCAGUUCGACAAUCAUCUGAAUGCAACUAUUGAGCAGAGUAAAUCCAGGGCUCCUAUUUUAGUCUCUCGUCUUUUGUCCUUCAUUCAAAGUCUCAGCCACGGAAAUGCUUUGAUUUCGACUUACGAAACAAAUUUUGAAUACAUUCUUCCAGCGAAUAAAAUUUACAAUUCAUAUUUACCCACACAAGGUAUUGUGUACGAUGAUCAAUGUUCGUGUGGAAAGUCUCCCACAUGCACAACUCAAGCAGUUUUUAUUGAAGGAAAUCCAUUAAGAAACUUUUCUGUCCAUGGCAUGAAGAUGGGAUGUACUCCAAGUGAAUCAUUUCUUGCUUCAACUCUUCAAUGCUUUUAUAAUCAAUCAUGCCUUGAUCUCAUACAAACGCAUACAAACUACAACUUCUCUAUAACACCUCUUCAGACGUCAAACGGUAGUUUUUCACAAAACACGACCAUAGAUGAGCUGAAAAUAAAUUUAUUUAUUGAAAACUGGUCGAUGGACGUGAAUUACUCUUCUUAUUAUGAACAAUGUUCACCUUCGAUAUGUUUUUAUAUCAGUGUUCAACGAUUCAAUAUCUUCUCUAUCAUUGCUGCCGUACUGGGUCUUCAAGGUGGGUUGUCGAUUGUUCUCAAAUGGAUUUGUCCGAAACUUAUACGAAUUGGAUUUUGGAUUUAUAACAAGCGAAAGAAUCCAGCGAACUCUAUUGGUGCAACGGAUUCAAUUGCAGAUUCGUCUCAUAUCAAUUCCAAUUCCGACGAAAAUAAGACAACACCAACGAAUUCAAUAUGCCAUCGAUUGUUCAUCAAAGUCACAUUUACAAUUAUACUAUUCCUAUGUAUAUCCGGAGGUUUUCUACUCUUUUCAGUACAAUAUAUUCGACGAGAUUCGUUGCCAACCGCGUCAAUAGAUAAUCGUUCCAAUUCAACAAUAAUGCCAAUGUCGUCGACUACAUCAGAACCAAUAUGCCCCCCUAAAUUUAAUCGACUGUCAAUGAAUGUGCUAUGUCUAGGGUCACUAAGAGAUCUAGCUACUGUUGUUGAUGUAAACAAUGACAGUCGAGUUGAUUUGAUUUUAGUUUGCAUAGAGAAUGAUACGAUAAAUGUACUCCUCAGUAAUGGCGAUGGCACAUUUCAAACACCGAUCGUCUACCUAUUUGAGCUUUCCAAAGUGGUAGAUAUUCAUGUUGGUGAUAUAAAUAAUGAUACUCGACUCGAUCUGGUUUUAGUUUAUAAUACUUAUGUGUUAAAUGUCGUCCCUAUAUUCGGGAAUGGUAAUGGAACAUUUCAAACACAACACAGACAAUCAAUAAGUACGAACCACUACAUAUCUCAUUCUAUUUUAGCUGAUCUUAAUCAGGAUAAUCAGUUGGAUAUUAUACUGACAGGCCUUCGAGAAUAUAUUGAUAUAUACUUUGGAGAUGGUACUGGAAAUUUUUCGUUACAAUCGAAACUAUUUGCAGGAAGGAGAAGUAGCCCUGGAAAGAUAUUUCUUCCUAACUUUAAUGAGGAUAACCAUCUCGAUAUUGCUGUAAUGGAUUAUCAUUCUGCUUUUAUGCAUGUUUUUUUUGGAAGUAAUCAUGGAAGUUUCCAUUUACAUCAAUGGUUCUUCACUUCAAUGAACUUUCAACAUUCUAAUAUUGUGCACGGUAACUUCCGUCGAGAUAAUCAAUCUGAUAUUGUAUUUCUCCGCUCUUGGACAAAUACUAUCUUCAUGUCAUAUCGAUACAGUAACGGUUCUUUUCAUGCACGCGAACAGAUUGUUUUAGAGUCAGAGUUACGGUCUGAAUCAGCCGUUGUAUCUGAUUUAAAUGGUGACAAUUAUCCAGACAUCAUUGUUACCAGCCUUUCCCCAUAUAUGAUCCAUGGUUUUCUUGGAGACGGAAAUGGCAACUUUCGAGCACAUACUAUUUAUUCGAAUGAAAUUGGCAGUGAUGAAGUUUGGACUGAUGUAAAAGAUUUUAACAAUGAUAAUUGUCAAGAUAUAAUCAGUGUGACUGAUGGACUUAAAACCAUAGAUAUCUUUCUGAAUACGUGUCAUUGCUUUACUUGA